GGUGAAUGCAAUCGUGCGUUGACUCUUGAAUUGGGCGUCCGUAUGGAUAAUACUAAACAAUAAAAUUAGUUUUCGAUGUUUAAACGUGUAGGUAACUAUAUUAUUGGUCUCGAAAAUAUUUAUUGGCUCGUGUUUUUAAUUCGCAUUUUAUUAAAUACCUAUUUAAAGUGUUUGUAUAUAUUUUUUCAACAGAUUUAAUUAACAGUGUACCAGUGUAGUAAUUAGGUACCAAGUUAUUUUUUGUAUUUUUAAAUUUUAACGAUGGACGAAGACAUAAGAUAUCAACGCCUUCCCCAAUCAUUUUCAGUGAGAGAACUUGGUUCUUAUGAAGCCAGAGGCCUUUGGGGAAUUAAACACACUCGAAAACCAGUGGACUUGAUGGUAGCCAAUGCAAAAACUUCAUCGACACAAUUAUCUCCACAAGUCGAACUACGCAUUACCGAAGAUGGGUGUGAAAUUAUCAGCAACAAACACAAAAAGACUUACCCUAUACAUACGGUUUCUUACGGAGUUCAAGUAAGUACUGUGAAAGUUAUUAAAAAUAAAAAUCUGUUGCAUUAUGGACAAUAUAUCGGUAUUUAUAUACAUGUAUACCAUGUUAUUGGUUUUUGAUAAAAAUAAAAAAAACACCUAACAAAUAACACGCGUUUAUAUAGGAUUUAGUAUAUACCAGAGUUUUCUGCAUGAUAGUUGUCAAAGAACAAAUGAGUAUGGACAGAAAACCAUUCGAUUGUGUGGCGUUCGUCUGCGAGAGUCGCCAAGCUGCAAGAAAUUUAACCUACGCGUUAGCUACAGCAUUUCAAGUACCUAAUUAUAUUUAUGUACCUAAUUAAUAAAAACGUAUCGGUGCAAAAAGAUAAAACAAUAAGUUUAAUGAAUAUUUGAAACAAUUUUAAAGAUACGUUUAUUUGUAGUACAUAAGAGAAUAAUAUGUGUAAAGAUUAUAGAUUUUAAUUUUAAAUGCAUUUUGAUUUACUUUAACAGGCCUAUAGCAGAAAAGUACGAAGUGCUGGAACGUCUAAAACUCGUUUCGCCAUUGAUUUAAGAACUGCAGACGAACUAGAAAUGGAUCUUAGAAAAGUCGACUCCGAGGCAUAAUAAUAUUGAUUACCUAUUGAUUUAAUUGUAACUUUGUAUUACAGCGUUAAAUUAGUGUAUAUAACUUGUAUAAUUGGAUUUAUUAUUUUAAUAUUUUAUAAACUUUGUUGAACAAAUAUUUCAUGUGUAUUUGAAUAUAAUUUUUAUAUCGUGG